CCAUGUGUUGUUGCUUUCUGUCUAUCAGUUAACACAAUACAAUUAGUAGUCAUUUCCCUAAUCUAAUUCUCCCCCAGGCUGAUCAACUGUGUGCAGCUAUAGGAGAGUGCCGAGUAUCUGUCUGUAUACGGAGGGAGGAAUUCUCUGCACAAUAGUCAGCUAUCGUCAAACAUAACAGGUGUAUUUGUCAGGAGAGGUGACAAGAACAGAAAUACAUAAAGCAAGGCUAUGAAGAAAUCUUUUAAUAACAGAACCAAGGAGUUUAACUCUGAAAAAUCAAGCAUUUUAUCAGAUACCUAUAUGUUCUCAAAGAAGAUAGUAAACCUAAACCCCAAACCUUUCGUAUGUCCUGAAUGUGGAAAAUGUUUUCGCUAUCACUCAAUUCUUAUUAGACAUCAGAGAACUCACACAGGAGAGAAACCAUUCUCAUGUUCUGAAUGUGGAAAAUGUUUUGCCUACAAUGCAGAGCUUGAUCGUCAUCAGAGAACUCACACAGGAGAGAAACCGUCCUCGUGUUCUGAAUGUGGAAAAUGUUUUAGUCAACAUUCAAAUCUUGUAAGACAUCAGAUAACUCACACAGGAGAGAAACCGUUCUCAUGUCCUGAAUGUGGAAAAUGUAUAGUGCGACAUGCAGAUCUUGUCAGUCAUCAGAGAACUCACACAGGAGAGAAACCGUUCUCGUGUUCUGAAUGUGAAAAAUGUUUUGUCACCAAUGCAAGGCUUGUCCGUCAUCAGAGAACUCACACAGGAGAGAAACUGUCCUCGUGUUCUGAAUGUGGAAAAUGUUUUAGUCAACAUUCAAAUCUUGUAAGACAUCAGAUAACUCACACAGGAGAGAAACCGUUCUCAUGUUCUGAAUGUGAAAAAUGUUUUUUAAACAAAGCCAACCUUGUCCGACAUCAGAGAUCUCACACAGGAGAGAAACCAUUCUCAUGUUCUGAAUGUGGAAAAUGUUUUGCCUACAAUGCAGAGCUUGUUCGUCAUCAGAGAACGCACACAGGAGAGAAACCGUUCUCGUGUUCUGAAUGUGAAAAAUGUUUUUUCACCAACGCAAGUCUUGUCUGUCAUCAGAGAACUCACACAGGAGAGAAACCGUUCUCGUGUUCUGAAUGUGAAAAAUGUUUUGCCACCAACGCAAGUCUUGUCUGUCAUCAGAGAACUCACACAGGAGAGAAACCGUUCUCAUGUCCUGAAUGUGGAAAAUGUAUAGUGCGACAUGCAGAUCUUGUCAGUCAUCAGAGAACUCACACAGGAGAGAAACCGUUCUCGUGUUCUGAAUGUGAAAAAUGUUUUUUCACCAAUGCAAGGCUUGUCCGUCAUCAGAGAACUCACACAGGAGAGAAACUGUCCUCAUGUUCUGAAUGUGGAAAAUGUUUUAGUCAACAUUCAAAUCUUGUAAGACAUCAGAGAACUCACACUGGAGAGAAACCAUUCUCAUGUUCUGAAUGUGAAAAAUGUUUUGUCACCAACAACGACCUUGUCCGUCAUCAGAGAACUCACACAGGAGAGAAACCGUUCUCAUGUCCUGAAUGUGGAAAAUGUAUAAUUCGACAUUCAGAUCUUGUCAGUCAUCAGAGAAUUCACACAGGCGAGAAACCAUUCUCGUGUUCUGAAUGUGAAAAAUGUUUUUUCACCAAUGCAAGGCUUGUCCGUCAUCAGAGAACUCACACAGGAGAGAAACUGUCCUCAUGUUCUGAAUGUGGAAAAUGUUUUAUCUACAAAGCAGACCUUGUCCGUCAUCAGAGAACUCACACAGGAGAGAAACCGUUCUCAUGUUCUGAAUGUGAAAAAUGUUUUAGUCAACAUUCACAACUUCUUACACAUCAGAGAUUUCACACAGGAGAGAAACCAUUCUUGUGUUCUGAAUGUGAAAAAUCUUUUGUCACCAACAACGACCUUGUCCGUCAUCAGAGAACUCACACAGGAGAGAAACCGUUCUCAUGUCCUGAAUGUGGAAAAUGUAUAUUGCGACAUUCAGAUCUUGUCAAUCAUCAGAGAACUCACACAGGAGAGAAACCGUUCUCAUGUUCUGAAUGUGAAAAAUGUUUUUUAAACAAAGCCAACCUUGUCCGACAUCAGAGAACUCACACAGGAGAGAAACCGUUCUCAUGUUCUGAAUAUGAAAAAUGUUUUGUCACCAACAAUGAGCUUGUCCGUCAUCAGAGUACUCACACAGAAGAGAAACCGUUCUCGUGAUCUGAAUGAGAAAAAUAGACAUUUGUACCAGUGAAAUUUUUGUUUUGGACGAAAUAAUUUGUACUAAAUAAAAAUGUAAUUUGUCCAUUUAUUAUUUCAGCUGUAAAACAUUAGUUUUCGG